GAUGCAGGUGCUGGAGGUAUGAGGUGAAAAGAUCAGCAGUUGACUUGAAACAACUCUAGAAGAGCUUGGUCUUUACCUUUCAGUGAAGGCCAGUUUGCUGAGAGGCAAGCCAAGGGAGAAACAGCGAAACCGUGUGGCUAAAACCAAUUACUGCAUCCAAGGCUGCCUCAUUUGAGGACUCUUGGGGAAAAGGGGAAAGCACACGUACCAAACUUCACUCGUAAUGCUUUCAGCUUGACAGCAAACCGAAAUUGCAAUUUAGCUAAUAUUUAAUCAGUAUUUAAUGACAUCACCUGCUUACUUUGCCAACGGAACUCGUACUUUGUUUGAUACCGUAGAAGGUCGUCUUGAAAUUGAAUGCAUUUCAAUUUAGCCAGGACCGCGAACGCACCGACGAUAUCAAGGACUUCCAAAAUGGCGGAUCCGACGACGUCCCCCGAAGACCACGGCAAGCACUCGGAGAUGGCGUUUGGCGAUGGCGUCUUUGACCCCGCUUUCUUUGCCGAAGCCUCCAGAGCGGGAAGCGUGGUGUCAAGGGCCAACAGUAUCAGCUCCACAAGUGCCUCCUCAGUACCAAACACAGAUGAUGAGGACAGUGACUGCAGGCACGAAACAUCAUACAAAAACUCCUACAAAGAUCGUCGGAGGCAAGCGCACACGCAGGCCGAGCAGAAGCGGCGUGACGCCAUCAAGAAAGGCUACGACGACCUGCAGUCAGUGGUGCCGACUUGCCUGCAGUCUGAAUUUGCGGUGGGAACUCAGAAGAUCAGCAAGGCCACCAUCCUACAGAAGACUGUCGAAUACAUCAAGUUUCUUCACAAGGAAAAGAAGAAGCAAGAGGAAGAAGUUUCCCGCCUGAGGAAAGAAGUGACAGCACUCAAGAUUAUGAAAACGAACUACGAGCAGAUUGUGAAGGCGUACCAGACCCACCCACAGCAGGGCGAGGACCAGGUGUCGGACCAGAUCAAGUUCAACAUCUUCCAGAGCAUUAUGGACUCUCUUUUCUUCUCCUUCACCAGCUCUGUGUCAGUCAACAGCUUCCAAGAGCUGUCAGCCAGCGUGAUCAACUGGAUCGAGGAGCACUGUAAACCGCUGAUGCUGAAAGAAUUCGUCAUCUCCGUGUUACGGCAGAUCAAUGGACAGCUCUACUGACGUGAGCCGUGAUUAGGGUUGGGCAUUGAUGGGGCCCGGUUCUAACACUCCGGUUCUCCGGGAAUCGUUCGAGUUUUUAAAUUUCGAUUCCAUGUUUCGAUGCCCUGACCGCCGAGCGGGAAAAAAAUUGCUGCCGAAAACCACGAAGAAGCCACAGGAAGUGCGUGUUUGUGCAUUGCAACUUGAUUACAACCAUGGACACUGUGCGGCGGCGCUCAAAAGUUUGGCUUAACUUUACAAAAAAAAAAAAAAAAAAAAAAAAGACCAGUCAGCUCAGUGCAACAUUUGCAACACAACUAUAUCGUGCAAAGGUGGCUGCACGACCAAUAAUGCACGAUCGGCUUCAUGGAAUACAAGCGCCAAGUGCAUAGCUAGCUCAGUGCUACGUAUUUGACACGCUGCGCCGUCAGAACCAGCUAAGUAAAACGAUACAUUACAUCUGUCUUCUGCUGUCCCAGCGACCCGACCCCGGAUUAAGCAGUAGAUUAUGGAAGGAAUACUACAAGAAUUAUUAUAUUAUUAUGUCGGGCUAUGGUUGAUAUCACAUGUAUAUAGAACUAGAUGCGAAAUGACAGACUCGAUGGUGUUAGUAAACAGCCGUCAUCUUAAAGCAGUAGACGCCUCUGUUAAAAUCAACAGUAUUAAAAGGAUUUUUGUUUUAGAAUCUGUUGUGUUGCUUAUUUAGAAAGAAAUGGCCAUAUGAAGCAUUCGAUUACUUUUUUAAUGAACUCGUAGCAGUGAAAACAUCCAGAGGCGCUGCCAGGGAUUUUGGGCCCCAUGAAAAGAUAUCACUUUGGGCCCCACCACCAGUGCUGGGACACACACACACAUUUAGAUUAUCAACUACGUAAUUUCCUGCAUUCUGGUGAAUCCUUACACACUAAUUUGUGCAUUUUCUGCAUUAAUUUAAGAUGAAAAUAUAUUUAUGUAAACAUACAGCGUAUAGAGCAAUAAUGAAUAUCAAUCAAUCAAUCAACUUUAUUUGUAUAGCACAUUUAAAAAAUCAAAAGAAGCAAAAGAGACCAAAGUGCUUUACAAACCAUAAAACAGCUAAAUAAGUUAACUUUCAAAGAUAAAACAAACACGACAAUAAAAUAAACAGUCAUUGCACAUUAAAAGCUGAAGGAAAAAUAAAAUGUUUUAAGGCGUGAUUUAAAAUCCGUAAGUGAAGGGGCCUGUCUAAUAGUGAGUGGUAAUUGGUUCCACAGCCUGGGCGCCAUCACUGCAAAUGCACGGUCACCCCUAAGCUUCAGCCUUGAUCUUGGGACUUCUAGAAGCAGGUGGUCAGCUGAUCUGAGGGUUCUCGUUGGACUGUAAGGCUGAAGCAGUUCUGACAGAUAUGGUGGCGCAAGAUUAUUCAAACAUUUAAAAACAAAUAAUAAUAUCUUAAAAUGUAUUCGGUAAUGUACUGGGAGCCAGUGAAGGGAUGCUAAAAUCGGGGUGAUAUGUUCGCGCCUGCGGGUUUUAGUUAGGAGUCGAGCAGCAGAGUUUUGCACAAGUUGUAGACGGGCCAGUACAGCCUGACUGACGCCUGCAUACAAAGAAUUACCAUAAUCCAGCCGAGUUAUGACAAAAGCAUGGAUCAAUUUCUCCAUAAGAAUAGACUGAUAUCAUCUAUAAGAAAUGUAAUGAAGGCCAUCUUUUACAAUCUAAAUAUAUUUUUAUUAGUAAUAUUCUUAAAGCAAAUACCAUAAUGAAUGACUUAUAAUAAAUUGUUUUAUCUUUACUACAGUAUUCAACAACUGUUACAACAGGCAAGGGCAGGGACGACUGUUUUAGUAUGAAGAGCUUGCUAAGGGUGUGCCUGCUAAACUGAUUAAAUCUAAGCUAAAAGUGGAGCAAACACUAGCUAGCAAACAAUUAUAGUAUUUCAUUAUGGAGUAGGCUUAGCCCCAUCUGGAAACUUGCGAUCUCCACUUUAGGCUACAGCUCUGAAGUGAGGUCCCUUGUUAACAAACUAAAUUUAAUACUUGACAAACUGGAUUCAAGCAGAUUUUAAAAAAAUAAAUAAAAAAAUUCCACACCAACUUUCAACAUCUGUAGCAUACCAAAAAAUGCCGUCAUUAUUUGGAAUUAAUGUUUUUGAAUAGGUGAAUGUCGCUCAUUGAGGCCGGGAAAAUCCUGUAUUUCUUACGGAGUGAGCUGGGACCUCGCUUCGGAGCUUUGUAAUAGACAUCGCAAGGUUCCAGAUGGGGCUGGAGUGGGCUAAGAUAACAGGUUAAUUUUCAGCACUACACUGACACAAGACACCAACCCUUCUUUGUGAAGUACUUUGUCACAUCCUGUUGGCUUUUCUACCCCUCUCCUGUUUUGCUUUCUUUUCUUUCCUCUUUUGAUAACCCGAUUUUUGUUUUGAAAACAUUUCUGCAGUACCGCGCACUCAGUCAUUGACUGGUGUAAAUGCGCACCGCUGCCUGCUCCCAGUCUGAUCGAAGGAAGGGCGGACCAAACCGCAUAUACGGGGGUUAUGGGGUGGCUGGCAAUACUUAAGCUCUCUGGGUGUUUGCUUUUUGCCAAAAACAAAAGAAAAAGAAACCCUUCGUUUUAUUCCAAUUAAAAUUAUAAUGAUUAAUAUUUAAACAAUUACCUAAAGUUCUAAUUUUCUUUGUGGGCCCCGUAAGGGCAUGGGCCCUUAGAAUCAAUAUCACUUUUACCGACCCCUAUACGGCGCCCCUGAAAACAUCACAACACAACGCAUCCUUGCUAGAUUCUCUCAUCUCUUCUUCUCCGCAUUAUACGUACUCCUACAGCGCCACUCACUGGCCUAACUGGUAUUGUCACAGCAUAAACAUUGCAUGUGUCUGUAAACACAACAGAAUCGGUUUUAAAAAUAAGGAAACCUUAUUAUUUUGCCUCAUCUGCAUCAAAUGAUGAUAAUAGAAGAAUUUAUACUAAUGCUUCAUCGUAGCUCCCAGUUAAGGUACAUGUAUGGUAAAAGAAUAUGAGUAAAUGUUUUCUCCGUGAGCUUUUGAAAAAUAAAAAUCUUUGUGAAAGUGCACUCCUGUGGAAAGAAACUUCAUCACAUUCAAGUUCAAAGACUGAUAUUUAUAUACAACUUAAAAAUGGCCCUGUGAGAAGUCAUUCAUAAAUUUCAUAUUCAUUGUAUAAUAAUAAAAUAAUAUUGAUAAUAAAUGUUAAAUUCAUAUAAUAAAAUUAAAAUCGAAGUUAAGACAUUAAUAAAUUUUUAAACAAUUUUUUUUACCCUGCCUUUUAAAAGAAUCUGAAUCGAGAAUUGUUCGGAACCAGAAUCGAAACAUGGAACCGGAACCGGAAUUGCUCAAUUUCAAACGAUGCCCAACCCUAGCCGUGAUGGUACAUGGUUGUGUGUAGUUUAGUCGAGGCGCGCACUUGAUGUUUGUCUUCUUAUGACAAUUUGAGCUCGUUUAAAAGGGUAAUAAUAUGUCUGGUAGACAAAAUAGCCACGUUUUGAAAAGUUGACGAGAGAUUGUGUCGAAACAAAUCUCGGGAUUGCCUCACUCAGGGUUCACGUCCACGCAAGAGAUACUUUGCCAGAGUUUGUAGCGAUCUCGGCUGCUGUUAAGUUAAUAUUUCUUUGCUGAACCAUUGACAAUGUUCCAGGAAGUAGGAGAUUGUAAUCAUAAUUCACUUCUUGGUCUGAAGAUACGAGCAUUGCAAUCCCACCAGCAGUUUUUACACUGGGCUAAGUUAGCUUACAACUUAGCCUAGCUUACAAAAUCGCCUGUGGACAUCAGCGAUCAGCUGAAUUUUUCUUUCUUAUAUCAAUAUCGGCCUUUGAAAAUCCCAUAUUUGUCAAGCACUACUUUUAUCCAUGAUUUUGAACUGUUUCCUCAGAAAUUACUUGAAUGUUUUUGUGUUUAAUUUCUAGAAAUAGUGAAGAGAUUGAGUUCUCAAAGAUUGUAAUGCAAGAAACAGCAUAGCCUUCUGUCUCAAGAAUUUGACACCACCGUUUAAGCUAUCGAUGUAGGACUCGUUUUGGUUGGUCAGUUGGUUAUGAAUUGCCCCCUCAAUACUUUUUAUUUGUUCUAUGUUCAUUUGUUUUUCAUUGCUCUGCUGCUGUCAUUCAUGGCCAGGAUCAUUUCUUACAUCUCUCCUGGUGAAAUAAAAGAGUUUGAAAUAUUCUA